AUGUCGAAAUCUGAAGUUAAAUGUGCGAUUACACAAGAUGAAACGAACGAUUCCUUAGAUUUUGGAGCAAUAAUUUCGUGGACAAACCAGUCGACAGAGGAAGAGUUACCCGAUCACAUUAUUUUCCCGAAAGAAUUAAAUCUAUUUUUACGGAAUCGGAUUCAGGAUUUGAUUGCUGAAAAUGGUUGUUUGCGUCGAGCACUCGAGGAAGCGGAAGAGAAGAUUACAAAAAAGCAGGUAAUCGCGGAAACGGUUCAAACGAAGACGAUUAUUGGGAAAUCCAACGAGGUAGUUGCUACGAAGAUAAUCGAGCUUAGCAAAAGGUGUAGAGAACAAACAGCUGAAAUCGAAGUUCUCAAGUCUAAGUGUAAAAAUCUUGAAAUCAAUUUAGUCACCAAAGAGACUGAGCUAAAGAACGAAGAUAGUAUCCUUGACAAAGGUACCGAGAACAGUCAGUCGAAGGAGGACGAGCAUCGAACGAAACAUCUGAUUGACAAAUUGCAGCAAACACAAACAAAAUUAUACGAAUCUAAAAAUACUUGCGUUAGUUUGAAACAAGAAAUUAACAAAUUGCACAAGUUAUUGUGCAGCGAAGUAGGGGAAAACUUGAACAUAAAUAAUCUAUUAAAUCAACCAAAUGGAUGGCGGGGAAGAGCCGAGCAAAUUCAUUUGUUGCAACAGAAAGUAACGGAGUUGCAAUCGAAAUUAUGGGAUUACGAAGGGACCCAAAAGACUAUUGCAUCCGUGGAUCGUAAGAAUUUAACGAAUCUUCGAAACCUCGAGAAAGAAAGGCGGCAACAAAUCGAGAAUUCAGCGAAACAGCUUCGACAAUCCGAAAUUGCUAUCGAAGGCUACAAGAGGAAGAUAGAAGCGUCGAAGGCGAGGAUCAAGGUACUGGAACACGAGCUAAAUUUAAUGAAAGGAAACUUAUCGGUACUGAACGAGAAGAGAACUCACGACGAUCAUUUGAUCGAGACGCUUAGCAAUCGAUUGAAGACGAUGGAGAUGAAGCAUCAGGAACGCGAGAUGGAUAUAAAAAGCAAAGAGGAAACAAACGAACGUCAUUUCACGAACUUAAAAAACGACUUGCAAUCCGCGCAACUGCAGAUUGACCGACUGCGGAGGCGAUUGGAAGAACGGGAGAUCGAGAUCGAUAAACUAAGGGGUGGAACAGCCUCGAGUAUCGGGCCGUUUAAAGCGAUUCAAAUGGACAACUAUUUAAACAGCUUGAACCACGCUAGCCCUCCGCACAGUUUCCGAAAUUUAUUAGAACCAAACGAAUACGUAACGCUGGCUCUUGCCGCCGAGGCUGAAAGGGAGAGAUUAUUAGAAUUAGUAACUGUACUGAACAGGCGAUUAGACAAGGAGAGAAGCGAUUCCGACAUUCUUUCCAAUUCUUUGCGCGACGAAAGGAGCAAAUCGGCGAAAUUGGAAUCGAAGCUUCGAAAAUUGGAAACGGAAAGAGCAAGCAUCGUGAGGAUCGAUACGGGAUAUAGAUCGAGGCUGUUACCUAGAUCAUUAAAGGCCAAUGAUGAAUUUAUCGAUGCGGAACAGGCGCGACUCAAAAUGGAAUUGCUUCAGGAAGAGUGUCUCGCGUUGAAGGCGAGAUUAGAUAUAGUACAGCAGGAUAAAGCCUCGGACCUUGCGGCGUACAAACAGAUGCUUUCCCAAGUUAGAAAAAUCUUUCAAGAAGCGUACAGGGGCAAACCACCGCCUACCGUUGGCAGCCGCUCGACAAUCACGAUGUAA